CGGCUGCUGUCCUUUGCUUUAGUUUGUUAAGCUUUUCUCGUGUCUGAAUCAUUGAGGACUUUUAUUUUUUUUUGCUGCGGGAAGUUCUUCAUCUACAGAUUUGUUUUCUACAUCAGUCAAGGAUUUUUUGCCAUCACAGUUUUGGUAAUCGGCGGCAGGUGUAACCUGAGAACCUCUCGCCCUUUAUACUAAGGAACCGGUCUGACUGCCUGAAACUCACCUGGGAGUGGGGAAAAAAAGCCAGAAGUAAACGGGGAGAGGAGCGCGGGUGCGGUGGUUUCGCGCUUUCAUUGACUUUUGACCGUCUUAAACAACGAGCAUCGGAAAGAAAGGUUUUAUCCAAAGGACAAACGAUCGAAAAAUGUAUUCCGUGUGCGCAUUCCUUGUCCUUACUUUGUUGUCCGCGGCCUCUGCUCAAGCUUCAGAUUGCACGUGUCCUACUAUGAAGUGGGCUAGUUGUGAUGGAACACCCUGUGCCUGCACACUACUGAUCGCUGCGGACAAUCCACUGAAUAUCAACUGUUCAAAGUUGGUUCCAAAAUGUUUCCUAAUGAAAGCAGAGAUGUAUAGAGCAUCAAAAGGCAUUUCAACCCGCAGAUUGGGCAAACCGAAUGAGCAUGCUUUUGUUGACAAUGAUGGUAUUUAUGACCCAGAGUGUGAUUCCAAUGGUGCCUUCAGGGCCCGCCAAUGCAAUCGUACAGAAACAUGCUGGUGUGUGAACAGUGCUGGUGUCAGAAGAACUGAUAAAGGAGACCUUAAUCUGAAAUGUGACAAGCUUGUCCAGACAACGUGGGUGCAAGCUCAACUGACAGCCAACCCAGUUCAGACUUCAGUUGAUCCAGUUGCUCUGAAAGCUGCAAUGACGCAGACUAUUCAGAGCCGUUACUUUCUUGAUCCCAGCUAUGUGGAAAAUGUGCAGUAUUUUAAGGAGGACAACCUUAUACUUGUAGAUCUGAAGAACCCUAAAGGAGAUCCCAAUGUGGACAUUGCCACUGUCGCUUACUACAUGGAGAAGGAUGUGAAAGUUUUACCCCUGUUCAUGAGUAACAGUUCCCUGACAACUACAGUCGAUGGCACUCCACUGGGAUUUCGUAACAUUUUGGUCUACUAUGUGGAUGCUGAACCUCCCACCUUUACUAUGAAGAAGCUAACUGCUGGAGUUAUUGCUGUCAUUGUUGUGGUUGUCCUUGCCAUUAUUGCUGGAUUGGUAGUUCUGUUCCUUACAAGGAAGAAGGAGAAGUCCCAGAAAGCACAGGUCAGAGAAAUGGACGAUCUGCAGAAAGAACAGUUGACCUCGUAACUGGCUGCCUUUUGUGAAAAGUGACAUUGAAAGAACUGUUUGGACUACUGGGCAAAUGGACAGGGGAUCGGAUUUUGAAUGUGGCAUUUUUUUUAGCUGCU